UUACAGCUGAAUCUGAGCAAAUCUCCACCGUCCGAUUUACAUUCUUCAUCUUCCUUCUUCUCUACUUGCUACCACCUCACUCUCAGAUCUCACAAAGGCAAACAAAACUCUCUCUCUCUCUCUCUAGCUGAAAUGGUGGAAGCUCAAUCAUGGACAACGCGGCGGAUGAGCAACCCGAGAUUCGACGCCGCCGCAACAACCACACCAACAGUCAUCGACAUCCCCGGAACACCACCUCACUCCUCCUCUUCCUCCACCGGAAAACCAUUCUUCCUCUCAUCACCAACAGUAUCUCCCUCCCUCCUCACGGCGGCGAUAAUCGCCGCCUGGUUCGGCUCCAACAUAGGAGUCCUCCUCCUCAACAAGUACCUCCUCUUCUACUACGGCUUCCGCUACCCAAUCUUCUUGACCAUGACGCACAUGCUCUCCUGCGCAGCCUACAGCUCCGCCGUGAUCAACGUCGCCGGCAUCGUGCCACGUCAGCACAUCUUGUCUCGCCGUCAGUUUCUGAAGAUUCUUGCUCUCUCGGCGAUCUUCUGCCUCUCCGUCGUGUGCGGGAACACUUCGCUGCGUUAUAUUCCUGUUUCUUUUAAUCAGGCGAUUGGUGCCACUACGCCGUUCUUUACCGCCGUGUUUUCGUUUCUGAUUACGUGUAAAACGGAGUCCACUGAAGUUUAUUUGGCUCUGCUUCCUGUUGUCUCCGGGAUAGUUCUCGCUUCUAACUCUGAGCCUUCGUUUCAUCUCUUUGGUUUCCUUAUUUGUGUUGCUUCCACUGCUGGUAGAGCUCUUAAAUCCGUCGUCCAGGGGAUUAUUCUGACGUCAGAAUCAGAGAAGCUACAUUCAAUGAAUCUUCUACUCUACAUGGCUCCAAUGGCAGCAUGUAUCUUACUACCAUUUACACUCUACAUCGAAGGAAACGUAUUAAGGAUCCUAAUCGAAAAGGCGAGGACGGAUCCAUUGAUCAUCUUCUUGCUGGCAGGGAAUGCGACGGUUGCAUAUUUAGUAAAUUUGACGAACUUCUUGGUGACAAAGCACACAAGUGCCCUCACCUUGCAGGUUUUGGGGAACGGGAAAGCCGCGGUGGCUGCCGGAGUUUCGGUUUUGAUAUUUAGGAAUCCGGUGACGGUGAUGGGUGUUGCUGGAUUUGGCGUCACUAUCAUGGGAGUGGUUCUCUAUAGCGAAGCUAGGAAGAGAUCCAAGUUGCUUAACCAGAAGUGAAAUGUGAAAGUGGGAAAAGAGAUUGGAGUUAAACCGGUGAAGUGAUUUUAAAAUUUUUAUGGUAUUUUUCGGUUUAAGUAAUUUGAUUCUUUGGAAUUCUGCUAUUGUUUUGAACCGGUUUGAGAGGGGGGAAAUGUAACUGUAAAUGGUUGAGAUUGAUUGGGGGAAAAUAUGAAAUGCAAAAGGGUAAUAUAUAUAACAAAAGUGGAAAAGUAGGGAGCAGAAUUAAAAGAAAAAGGAUUGUAUCUUUCUUUUAUUUUUCUUUAAAUUCUUUCUCUUGUAUUAUUAUUUCGUUUUAUAGUUUGUAUUACUAAAAUUGUCGAAACAUAAAGUGGAAAAAGUUUAAAAUAAUAAAUUUCUUUCUUCCAUUAGGUGGAAUCGCAUUGUCAUCUGGUUGUUUAAAUUCGCACGUUAUUUUACUUUGUUG